AUGAUUUCAGAUAAGGAGGAAGCUGUCUUGAGUUGGAAACAAAGAGUUGGAAUAGCACUUGAUGCAGCAGAAGGACUGGAGUAUUUACAUAAUGGUUGCAAGCCACCUAUAAUCCACAGAGACAUUAAAACUGACAACAUACUACUAAAUGAAAAAUUAGAAGCCAAAGUUGCAGAUUUUGGGUGGUCUAGAAGUAUGCCCGUUGAAGGCCAAACUCAUGUAUCAACUAGGAUUGUUGGCACAGAAGGCUACUUUGACCCUGAGUAUCAGGAAACUUCAAGGUUAACCGAGAAAAGCGACGUUUAUAGUUUUGGGAUUGUUCUAUUGGAACUUAUUUCAGGCCAGCCUGCAAUCAUAAAGAGCAGUGAGAGCAGUACUAUUCACAUAGUCCAAUGGGUUCGUCCCCUUCUUGAAAUGGGAGACAUCGGGGGUAUUGUGGAUCCAAGGUUAAAUGAAGACUUUGACACAAAUUCUGCCUGGAAGGCUGUAGAGACAGCAAUAGGUUGUGUAGUACACAGCUCCAGUGAAAGGCCAACCAUGAGUGAUGUAGUAGCCAAAUUAAAAGAGUGCAUGAGUUAUAUGGAAACAACAACUGCUAAUAUGGAAGAGGAUUCUGGUUCUAUUAUUACUGAAGCUGCAAUGUCUCCCCAAGCAAGGUAG